GGGAACAAAACAUGACAGAAAUAGAUGCCUACUAUAAAAGUGAAAUGUUUGAUCCAUCAGAGAAGUACAAAAUGGACCACAAGAGGAGAGGACUUGCUCUAAUCUUCAAUCACGAGAGAUUCUACUGGCAGUUGAUGCUGCCRGAGAGGCGAGGCACCAGUGCAGACAGAGAGAACCUUACUCGCAGGUUUUCAGAUCUAGGAUUUGAAGUGAAAUGCUUUAAUGAUCUUAAAGCAGAAGAACUGAUGCUCAGAAUUCAGGAGGUGUCAACUUCCAGCCAUGUAGAUGCCGAUUGCUUUUUAUGUGUCUUCCUAAGCCACGGUGAAGGCAAUCACAUUUAUGCACAUGAUGRCAAAAUUGAUAUUCAGACACUGACUGGCUUGUUCAAAGGAGACAAGUGUAAGAGCCUGGUUGGAAAACCCAAGAUAUUUAUCAUUCAGGCGUGUCGGGGAAACCAGCAUGAUGUGCCAGUAACUCCUUUGGAUGUGGUGGAUCAUCAGACAGACAAUCUCUACAAUGUAACUGAGGUGGACGCUGCCUCCAUGUACACGCUGCCUGCUGGAGCAGACUUCCUUAUGUGCUACUCUGUUGCAGAAGGAUAUUAUUCUCAUCGAGAAACUGUGAAUGGCUCAUGGUACAUUCAAGAUCUGUGUGAGAUGCUGAGAAAAUAUGGCUCCUCCUUAGAGUUCACGGAACUCCUCACUCUGGUGAAUAGGAAGGUUUCUCAGCGCCGAGUGGACUUUUGCAAAGAUCCAAAUGCAAUUGGCAAGAAGCAGGUUCCCUGCUUUGCCUCCAUGCUAACUAAAAAGCUGCAUUUCUCUCCAAAAUCUAGUAAGUAGGAGCCACUUUGACUUACUGUAUGUAUUCUGUAUAUAUUUCCCUUUUUACAUAAAAUAGCAUCACUAAAUUGGAGAAGUUUAAAAUGUUUCCAGGCUUAAUGCCCAGUAGAGAACUGCCUUUUUAAAAUUUUUUAAAAAAKCAUGUUGCACAURGUGAAAGGGUUUGAGAAGAAAUCCUCACGAAUUUAUUAWACAUUAAAAAAUAUUUUUUCUUUCUUAUUUUAGUAAAUUGCAAGGUUACCAAUAAUAUUUAGCUGAUUUAACUUGUAUUUUGUGACUUUUUUAUAAAGGCUCAUUGCAUAAUAUUUUUGAAACCUGAGAAUUAGGUAAAUUGGU